UUGAAUUAUUGUUAGCACAUCAAGAAACAUUCUUUGCAGCUCAAACAUGGUGUUUGGCCGUCGACCCAAAUGGAAUGCUCAGUUAUGUGGCUGUGGAGGAAGCUGUAAAACAUGUUUCAUAACGUGCUGUCUCCCAUGCGUCACCUUUGGACAAAUUGCCGAAAUUGUAGAUGAAGGAAAGAGUUCAUGCUGUGCACAAGGAUGUGUGUAUGGGCUACUUAUGACGGUUUCGUGUCACUGGCUCUAUUCGUGUAUUUAUAGAGAGAAAUUAAGGAAAAAGUUUGAUUUACCAGCUGAGCCCUGCUGUGAUUGUUGUAUUCAUUUCUGCUGUGAUCCAUGUGCCUUGUGCCAAGAGCACCAAGAGCUUAAAGAAAGAGGCUAUGACCCUUCCAAAGGUUGGGGUGCAACUCGUCCACCGAUAAUUCAAUCCAUGUUUAAAUAAUGAUCCAUCACCUCCUGCUUAUCAACUUAUGUAGAGACGAUGCAAUCAAACUUAAUCAUGUUCACAUUAAUUAAUAUAAAGUAAAGACGCACAUCUUGUAAUAAUACUAACAAUCAUGAUGAUUAUUAGCAUCCUGCUUAAUUUAAAUAAUGCUUCCCUUCUACCAGGAUGGUUAUUAUGUUGUACUCGGUUGUUUAGAUGGCCUUCUUCGAUUUGUCUU